UAGUACUCCAGUGAUUUCAUGCCAUGUUUCAUAUUAGUCAAGUUCAUUUCAUUUCUUAAUAUCAUUUUUCAUAUGAAAAAGUUUUCAUUUAAAUUAAAAUAGGAAUUGACCUAAAGGUCUUAGUUACCAGGUCAUAAAAUCCCUUAAUUUUUUUAUAUGAAAAACACAUUUAUCGACAUCAGUUGAUUCAGUUGAUAAUUGUGCCAUUUAAGUUUGAAAUAAUUUAUGGAUGUGUUUUCUAUUUAAAGAUCCAACUCGUAAUUAAAUUUACUAACGUAGUGUUAAUAUAUUUGAAUAAAUUAAUAAUAAUGCAGCAGUUUACCUUAAUAUUUGUUGUACAUUUAACUGCACUUUUUGCAUCUACGGCCUGUAUAGAUUAUGAUGGUUUUUUGAACAUGAAACUAGAACACUCUUUAAAUUGCAAUGAUGAAAAAUUUUGUCAUAGAGGAAGUAUAACUUUGAAGAGCAUAAGAACGGGAGUUCCUAUUAUUGAUCAAAUACUAUUCAACGAAAAGCAUCUUGAAGCACUGAAGAAACUCGCAAAUGAAGAUGAAUUCUAUUCAAUUAAAACAACAAUUACAACAGGUGAAAACAGCAAAGGAACUGAAUAUUUAUCAUCGGUUAAAGCUCAAGCAUUUUUGGAAAAUGGUCUCUCUGAUGUUAUCAAUGCAUGGAUACUACCUAAUGGAGCUGUUAUUGCAGUCAAUUUCCAAGUUGCUAACUCUACGCAACCACUAAAGCAAGCCACUAAUGAGUAUAAGCUCAAUUCUAAAUUCUACUUAAGAUAUAUUGAGCAAGCUCCAGUUCCCGAUACUGCGUCAUAUAUACAAAAAAUGGAACGUGACAGAGAGGCACGUGAAAAGGGAGAAAUGAAGGAUAACAGGUCAUUCUUAGCUAAAUAUUGGAUGUAUAUUGUUCCAGUAGCAAUAUUUGUUAUGAUAUCAGGAGCCACAAAUCCAGAGGCCUCAGCACCAGCUGGACGUUAAUACUGUUUUAUAACUCAAUUAUGUUCUUAAGUAAUUUAUUGAAGUUUAUAGUGUAUUACAAACAUGCAAAUAGGAAAUUGGCUAAUGUGUUAUUAAAACCUAAAAGGUGUAGUGAGCAUGCUGAAACAAUUUAAAUCAGAUAAUAAAGUUCUGAUCUAAUGUGAUUGUAUUACAUGCAUAUA